CUGCAGAUAACAUUACGUCUGUGGAUGUGAAGUGACAUAAAUGAAUGGAAUAGAAAAAUAGAUUCAUAUUUCUGUGUGUCCUCUGUGCAGCAUGGUCUCUUGGAGAACAUCAAACAUCGGAAAACAUCAUGGAAUCAAUAAAGAUCAAGAGCAAUGCGAGGAAGUCAACCUACAGUGGGAGGCCGAAUGCAGCCCACCAGGAGCAGCUGAGAAUGAGACAAGCCUUAAAACUGAAGUCCAAUGCCAACCGUGUCCCAGUGAAGUCAUCACCAACAACAUGGAAGAGCCCCGGAUGGUCCCUGAGCGCAAGAGUGCGUCAAGGCACCAGGGACGAGCUUCUAACUCCAAUGGUCGUCGCGAAUGACAAGGAGAGCAUUCCAGAAGCUGCAGCAUUGAACAGUGACAUGAGCAGCGGAUCGGGGAAUGUCGAAAAUGGCGCCAGGAGUGAGAAGAAAAGUCCAGAUCAGAGAAGCCUCUGGUCACUCUUUUCAGCUCCAAAAGAGAAGGUAGAUGAAAACGCAUCCCAGGUAGAUUCCAUCACCAAUGGUUCUGGUAAAAGCGAUGAUGACCAUCUUACACCUCAACGUGUCAAAAGAGCUCCAUCACGAGAUCCAAGGAUUAGAAAGAGAGAGGAGUCUAAGGCAGAGCUCACCAAAAAGAUCAGUCCAACUUCUUUCAAUCUCUUGUCAAAAAUGAAACCACUGAAAAGUGCUUCAAGGAACUUCUUUGCACAUCUGGGGAAAAAGCCAGAUGUUUCUGCUAGCCCGGAAGUUAGUGCGACUUCAGAACAUGAUAGAGUUACAUUGGACUCUCAAAAUGAUGCAAGUAACGCUGCAACAGAGCAUCGUGACAGCAGAGUAGGUAAAGGGCAACAGUUGUGUCAAGAAACAAAAACUUAAAAGACAUCAGAAAAAAGAGCUCAAAGAAGGAAGAGAAUUAUGAGCAAAAUUGCAAUAUACUUCAUCUGAGAGAGCAAGCAAGGAUUUGCUCAAGUGCUAGAGAUAAAAAGGAAAAUUCUGUGACGGUAGAACAUUCUA